AUGAGUGAUCAACGUGACGAAAGGAACAAAAAGGAUGAAGAACAAAUGAAGCUCACACCAGCAGAGUUUCGCGCCUACAAUCGCAUGGCCGAGCACAUGGAUUACUUUCAUAAUCAUUUCCGCCAGAGCUGGAAUGAACUCUACUCUGCGUGUUGCGACAACAAACGGCCAACAGGCGUGUCAAUCCGGCAGUUUCUAAACAUGGGCAUGGAAUUCCUCUCGCAGCUCGGUCUUCACCAUAGCAUCGAGGAGCAAAGUAUCUUCCCGGUACUGGCGAAGAAAAUGCCCGAGUUUAAGAGGGAAGUACAUCUACUCAAGCAGCACAAAGAGAUACAUAAGGGUAUGGAUAAACUUGAGAACUAUCUGAUGGCAUGCAAAUCCGGGGAGAAGGAGUUGAGGCUGGAUGAAAUGAAGACGGUUAUGGAUUCCUUUGGUAAGGUGUUGUGGGAUCAUUUGGAUGAUGAGGUCAGGACUCUUGGGGCGGAGAAUAUGAGGAAGCACUGGACGAUUGAGGAAAUGAAGAGGUUACCGAUGUAA